AUGGAGAACUCAGCAUACGUGCCAAAUUCCAGUCAUUUGAACUCCCCAGCUUUGGUGGUGUUUUCCCAAGCUGCCGGAGGCCUGCAAGACGCACUGAGAAUCCAAAGACCCUUCAACCCACAGUUCGCCAUGUCGGAAGCAACGAAAGACCUCCACAGGCCCUUCACAGCGUCCACCUUCGGCCUCCGGCACAUGGAGGCGUACAGCGGGAUACCGGCACACAUCCUCAACCACCUACAACCCCAAUUCCUCCACCCCGGUCUUUCGCUCGGUUCGGGGGCCUUCCGCCCCCUCGGCGACCUGAAAUCGUUCCCAUCGCCCUCCGCUUUCGCGCCCCCGAAGUGUUUAAAAAUCGAAACGAAUAGUGAGUCGCUCCAUGCUAGUCAUAAUCACGGGAUAUUCUCGCCGUCGGAAGAGAGGAUUUUGGGUCCCAGCCCCAGGACGGACUCUUGUUCCCCGGCUAGCGCCUCCAUGUCCCCCCAGCCCCAGACGGCGGUCAAGGAGGAGAGCCUGGACGCGCAGAUGUCCGAGGAUGGCGACGGGCACGGCCAGGGUAAUGGCAACGACUCCCCUGGAAUUCACGAGGAGAAUCGAGGAUUUAGAAUAGGCCCUUUAUUUGGAGGCGGUUUCAACAGCAAUGGAACGUACACGUUUUCAGUACCAGGUCUGCCUCCCGCAGCCCACGCACUUGCCAAGACCACCUUCCUCUUCGACCACGAUUUUGUAUCUAAUAAGAAAAAGAGGGAUCCGUCUAGCUGCCCUGUAUGUGGACUAACAAUAUCAUCAGGAGACCUAGAGACGCACUUUAUGCACGAACUGGAUAGACUGUAUAAAUUAAGUGGCACAGGUGUUGCAGCAACGAGAAAAAGGAAUAGACCUGAACCAGGUAGACCGCCUGCUCUUCCUGGUGACAGUGGCCCCGAAGGACGGUGGGAAACAUUUCAACGAAUCAAAACUAACAGACAGGGCCGACUAAGACUUAAAAUACGAAAGAGGAAAGCAGAUGAUUGUUGCCCUAUUUGUACCGGUCAUCCUCAUAGGACACAGGAAGAAAUAAAUAUGCAUGUAGAAAGAUGCGUCAGGAAGAACGUAAUGAAUGAGGAAGAUGAAACGGUGGAUGUUGAAGGUGAUUCAGAAUUAGAAGAAUGGCACGAGAGUCAGAGACGUCGAAGGAAUUCGUUGGUAGCUGGUUUAACUAUAGCAAGUAGUACGGGGCGAACCACUGAUGUCGACAACGAAGGUGACGAUGUUAUCGUCGACGGCGACGAACCGGAAGAUAGUACCUUUGGUCCUUCCCAAUAUACUGAGUCAGAUGUAGUAAUGAAGGAAGGCAAAGAAAAAGAUGGUGUUCAGUCACAGGUAGCUACUGUCAACUCUAGUGGCGACGUUGAGGUGAAGGUUGAAAGUGCGGGUCAGCAGUGCGACAGCAACGUCAGCACAUCAGACGCAGAACCCAGCAGUAGAGCCCAAAUGAUCGAAGAGUUAAGAAAUAGAAUCAGACAGCUCGAGGCAGAGGGAGGUGGCGAGGCCGCCAGCACCACAGAAACCGAGGAAUAUAAAUGUUUAAUUUGUUUGGAACAUUAUAAGAAACCAGUAAUUUCCACUGUUUGCUGGCAUGUACACUGUGAGGAAUGUUGGCUGCAUACUCUGGGUAGCAAAAAAGUGUGUCCUCAGUGCAGUAUGAUCACUUCUCCUACGGAUCUUCGACGUAUUUUUAUGUAAUGUGAUUUUUAGAAUAUGUGGUGAAUGUUCUAAAUACCAUGAACAUAUAUUAUUCCCCAAUGCAAAAGUUUUAAAUGAAUAUACUCUUCAAUUCCCUGCGAUGGAUACUAAACUUAUUUUAUCUUAUUUUAUUAAUCAAUUGGAUGUAAUAGAUAGAAAAAAUAUUUAUCUUGCAGUAGGGCAAAAGUGUACAAAGUAUGAGAAUCUUUAUUAGUUUUGCAUGUGAGGGAAGAAAUUACUAUUUUAAACUUUAAAUAUGUUCACGCACCGUACUUAUUGUAAUACAUGCACUAUAACUAAUAAAUAUAGCUUAGCUAAAAUAAACGGCAUAUAUUCAUACAACAGUAUCUGUAAAAAAUUUCGCCAUUUUGUCUAUCUGUUAGUCAAAUAAAUCGAUAUAAAUUUUAUAAUAACGCAUUGCGAAUAUCAAAAUAAUUGUGUGAAAACAUCAUUUAAACCUUUUAAUAAGGUAGUACAUUAGGGCACUUGGCGAAAUUUACUAAAUAAAAUAAGUUAAUGGUGGUGUAUCGCAAACCUUGUUGUUGACUGUGGUCCCCAAUUGAAUUA